CAACUCAACAACAAACACCGCUGUAAAGGUGUUUUUAUUGUGACCAAAAUGGAUGAGGCUUCAGACAAAACUGACAAGACUGGGAUGCAGCUUCGGUUCAUGGGUGGCUCCAACAAUGUAUCUUCAACCAGAACUGUCCGUCUGCGGGACAUUUAUGAUCCCAAGCCUCAAGCUCCCAAAACCCCUGUCCAGAUUCGCCCUCCAGGUCCAAGAACUCCCCCUGUGAAGGAGCCCAAUUCAAGGCGCAGCUUUUCCAGUGAUCCUCCAACCAAGACCAUCAUAAGGAGAAGAGCUCAGUCUCUUCCUUCAUCUGCAGAGCACAAGAAGCAGCUUAGGAGUGUGCAGGUACGCUUUGUGGACUCACUGGGUCUUCAGUUAGAGCAAGUUAAGGUUUUCAACAUUCAAGAGCAUCCCAGUGUACCCCAACAUGUUAUGUUCAGGCUGCUGAUGAGCUCUGAACUGACUUUUGGGAAAUCACUGGAGCUGUCGCUGCCUUACUUCAAACCCUGUUUUCCCGAAAAUAUGGGCGCUCAACCGGACUUCCUGAAACGGCUGCACGCACAGAGUGUCUGCCUCAAGCAGAUCCUGUGUUCAGAGCAGGGGAUAACAGGCACCAUACAAGUACUUAAUUUAGCCUAUGAGAAAGAGGUCACAGUACACUACUCUUUCACUAACUGGAGAACACACACAAAUAUAGCAGCAUCCUGGUUAUCGAGUGUAUGCCAUGAGGGGUGUGACUCUCCAGAAUCAGACAUCUUCAGGUUUCGUUUGCCCGUCCCACCGUUCAUUCUGCAGCCGGGAGCUAUCUUGGAAUUUGCAGUCUGCUACCACGUAAGAGAAUCUGAGCACUGGGACAACAACAAUGGCAAAAAUUACAAACUGUCAUGCCACAGCUACAAGGUGACCGUGCCAAGGGAGUGUGAGGAUAGCAUGCUGCACUUCACCUGAGCCACCACAUGGAGGUGCCGCAAUGCCUGCAAACAGAUGGACAGCAGAUGACACUCAAAAUGCUGUGCAGCAAAACUUUG